AUGACUACAAACUCCCAAUUUAUCGUUCCAACCAUGGGAAUUGAACUUUUUCAUUGCAAGAUUUGUGGAGAAGGGUUCUGGACGGAGAAUACGUUCCACUCUCAUCGUGACAAUCAUCCGAAUAACCCAUUGAAAUGUCUUCUCUGCGAUGAGUUCAUUACCGGAGGAUUCACUGCAAAAAGUCAUCUCACUUGGGUCCAUGCUAUCCCGAAACCAGUAAUCUGUCGAUGCUGUGAUUGGGCAUUUCGUGAAGUUUCCGAUUGUAGAGGUCAUAAGAAAUUCCUUCGUGGAUCUGCAAACAAUACUCCUCUCCCAUUGGUUAUCAAUGCCCACGAACCGGGACUUUUCCAUCAAAACGGGUACCUUUUGGACGGUAUAUCAAAGCACUUUCUCCGCAUGUGGCAGCUGAAUGCGAUUGUUCAAGUGCACAAACCGAACCACCCAAUUGCAACGGAUUCUUCACUUCAGUCUUCUAUUGUUGAAAACAACAUCGAAGAAACUGACACUCCGUCCCCCACAUUAGCCAGUCCAAAUGCUGUCAGUUCGGAGAAGAAAAAGGAAAAAGGAUUCAUGAUUAAGGACAUUCUCGAUUUGAACGAUUGA